AUGAAAGAGAAAGCUAUACGAGAAAUAAAAAAUAAGUGUAAAGUAGAUGAACUUGAAAAAGUAAAGAAAUUAGAAGAACAAUGUAUGCGAAUGUUGAAUCUACAAUUUCAAUUAAGAAAAUUAGAGAAACGAUUAAAUCUGAAUAUGCCACCUCCUUAUUUGAAUGCUAUAGAUAAAUUACAAUUACGUAGUAAAGAAUUAGAUAAGAAUGAAAUUGAACAAUUUACAGAACAAUGGAAUAAUAUAAUUCGGCAUGCAAAGAAAGAUUUUACAUCUAUUAUGAUAAUGACAAAAACAAAUGAAAUUGAAAAGACAGAGAAAAAAUAUCAAGAAUCAGUAGAAACACUACCAGAAUAUAUUCGAGAAUCAUUCGAUACUCUCAUCCAUACAAUUAGGACAAGACAUGAUCAAACUACAGAAAAGAAGAUUCAUUUUUUAGAACGAAAAACCUACAGAAUGAGAGAAACCUAA